UGUUGAUUUGAAUUUGAAUUUUUAAAAAAAGUUACCUGGCUGUAAGUUUAUUUGAACCGCGAGCUCGGGUGACCCUUACUGAGGGUGUCAACUGAUGAUUGUUUGGUUUACUGAUAGCGUAUGCAUGUGCAUGUAGAUUUAUGUAGAUUCAAGUUUUAUAAAGUUUGAGGAUACUGGAGGAAAGAAGAAACGAGGAUAGUGGUUUAUCAUGCCGAGUACUCGCGGGCAGAUCGAUUCAGCGGAGUAGUAGAGGAUAUGAAAAUCGCGACGCCUGGUCGAGUAAAAUUUCACCAGUGUCUGCUCGUUGCCACGCCCGCGAUCACGGUGUCAUUAAAUUCGAUGACAAAUGGACCGUGGAUGGACACGGGUGGGCCGAUGUCGAGACUCGCUGUCGGUGGAUGAAAAAUUCUAGCAGGUUAACGUUUAAAUUGACACUCGGCCGAGUCGAUGCGAACGAGCAGGUAGAAGAGCCGUUGGAUGGAGCGAUGAGCGCUGCCCCCACCCGGGGCCAAUCGCCCCGACGUCAGAGACGCCACCGACAUCGACAUCGUCACCACCAGCAUCGACGGCGACAUCAUCACCUGAGAAAUAAUAAUAAUAAUAACGAUCCCCACGACGACGGCGCAUUUCACGAGCAGUGUCGCUACUCGUCAGACUGCCAGGAAACUCGUGGUGACGAUCUAGAGACCUCGGAAACUAGUAAACAAAUACGCGAAGAAGGCGAAACUCGUCCGAAAGUUAACCCGAUAUUCUUGUGGGCUCUCCAGCGAGAACAGAAAAUAGUUGAGGUUCGGUGCGAAGACUACGACAAGAGGAAUAGAAUAAAAUUGACUAAAACUCCUUACGGGUGGAGAUCGAUACCAAGAACUUCCUCGAGUGUUUAUAAUUCUUGUCACUGUAGAUCGAAUUAUUCUGCUAAUAAGGACAAGCCGACGUCGUCGUCGCCUUCUGUGUCGUCAAGUUGUGUUCCGUGUUCGAUGUCAUCAAAAAGUUCGUCUUCUUCACCCUCGUCGUACUCUGAGUCGACUUCGUUUUCCUCAAGAUCUUCGGCCUCUUAUAUGGCGAACAAAAGUAAGGACACGUGCGUUGUCCCGGAAGUCAGUAGAAAGGAAUCAGGAAAACGACGUCGCAGAUCACGUUAUCAUGUUUCGGAUGACGAAAGUGACGCGACGAGAAGCUCAUGUAGAAAUUCGAGAAUAAGCUUCGAUUUGUCGUGUGAUGAUCAUCAUGAAGAGGAUCCCGAUGACAGAGAUGAUUACGAGGAACGUGAAAGAUUUGACGACCAUGAUGUUCAUGAUGGCGACUAUGAGUUUGAUGACACCCAGCAUGAAAACUCAAGAUUUUUAACUACAGCAUGUGGUCGUAAAACUUUUGGAUUAAUUGAUUUAGAGAAAGUGCAGAAGGAUUCGUUACUGCAACCGCGUGUUGUUUUGGAGCCGCUCAAUCCCUCGCGGUAUCGCUUUAGUAAUUUGAUUGAGAGUUCAAAGUUGGACGAUGAUAUCGAAAUGGUGGUUGAGGAUGAUGAUGAUGAUGUAGAACAAGGUGUAGAAAGUGUUAAAGAUAAUAAUAAAGACAAUAAUAAUGAUAAUGAUGGUGGAGUUGGUAAAAUUGAUGUCAAUUCUGUUUCUGUUUCUGUUGUAAGAGCAGAAGAUACCGAAGAAGAAAUAGAAGAAAUUGAGGACGAUAUUAAAGACAACGUUGAAGAGCUUGAUGAUGAAAAUGCGACGGUCUUCGAGUACGAUGAUCGUGACUCUGUGGAGAUGAUGGACGACGAGGAACUUCAUGAGCGCGAAGACGACGUACUGAGUCCUGACGAUAAACUUCCGGAUAGUGAAUUUUAUCAAGCGCAUUCUGUUCCUACGAAUAAAGUCCAGGAGACUUGUUUUGAGGAUGACAUCAUCGAGGAAGAUGUGGAUCAAGUGCAAGUUAACGAUAUGAAAAUUGUAAAUCACAGACCAAGAGUACCUGGAAGCAUUCCUCUGCCAGAUCUUAAACCCAUCAAUGAUUCUCUUGACAAGCCCCGUUUUCCAAAGACACUCCAGAUCACUCGAACGUGUUCGCAACAAGUUCCCCCGAGUCCUCCGUGUUCUGUGACCUGUUCCGAAGACGCAUCGCGACCAGAGAUCAUCAGGAACAGAGUCAUGCCUUCAGUGAUACCCGAAAAACGUCGACGGGAAGCUCCAGAUCUGAUAGAAGUUAAGCCGACUGAGUGGAGAAGACGAGAAGCUUUGAAACCAGCGAAUCAACUCAGGGAGUUAAUUAGAAAAUCCGGUGGAUCUAUUCCAGAUCCACUUUUAGUACCGCGAGAUCGUCUGCCGAUUCUAGCGGCGUCUCCAGCAAUCGAAAUACCCCGAUUGCUUAUCACGAGACCAGACUUACGACUUCCUGAAGCUCUAUCCCAUCCAGAACUUCUCUCCGAUCCGGAUUUAUUAGUAAUCUCACUGUCACAUCUCCAGCAAGUUUUGGACGCCGUCCCCGAGUCUCGUAAUCGUGUGCAAGAAGAUAAAACUCAGCCAAAAUCUAACAGUAAUUAUCAGCAACAGCCGCAGUACCAGCCGCAGCAGCACCAGCUGCUACAGCAACAUAAUCAACAUCACACUAAUAACAAUAAUCAAAACUCGUCAAUGUCAACGCAUUCUGAAAAAAAGAGAUUGUCUUGCAAACCAAUAGGGAGUCUGAUGCCAGCACCAAUCGACCUCUCCCGACACUCGUCCUCUGUUGUAUCUCCAGCCCAGAAUUCCAUUCUGAGGGUAAGGACUGGACUACUCAGACAGGAAUCCGAAGUAACAUCAACAGCACGAAUUCCUGGAGACGAUUCCCGUCUCUGGCAUCCGCUUUUUGGCUGCAGGCAAAAAAAUGAGGAAAAAAUUCAAACGAAAUCGUUACAUCAGUCUCAAGACAGUAGACUCCAACAUCCUGGUAAUUAUCAACAACCUCAAGACACUAAUUCGCAUCGUGUGUCCUGGCACCGGACUACUUUAGCCUCCUGACGUUUAAUGGAUAUCAAGGUUUUAAAUAAUAAACAGCCUGGAAAUAAGACAAAGAGAGCAAGUCAAACUCAAGUGCAAUAGUAGUAAAACAAAAAAAAAAUAUAAAAUACAAAUUAAAUAAAUAAUAAUUAUAAAUAAUUGUAGUGCAAUACAACGCAAUACAAUAGUGCGAGUGUGAAUUAAGGCCAUGCUUCGAG